AUGCUCGUAAAACUCAGCGAACGGGGCGAGACGCACUGCCCCUUCACCAUCUUCAUCGGACUGAGCGCGAGGGAGGGUGACCCGUGCGACGCCCUCCGAGACAUCGAGCUGCGCGAGGCGUGCCCUGACGACGAGCGGGAGACAACGCCUCUAUUCGCGGACGAGGACGGCUCGCCACUCACGCACUCGAUACUCGACACGCUCCUCAAGGCUGCUCUCCUUCACGCCUGCGGGGAGGCGGCGGCGAAGAUCUACACGUGGCACUCCUACCGCUCCGGCCUUGCCACAGCGCUCCACGCCGCGGGAGUCCCAGACGCCGUCAUCAUGCUAAUGUGCCGUUGGAUGUGCGAAGCGUCGCUACACGUCUACAGCCGAUCGGGUGCCGUCGCUCACGAAGCAAACUUUUGGGCGGCUACGCGCGCGGACGUCAGCAACAUCCAGGCCGCCAAUGUUCCAAACGUAGUCAUGGACCAGGGGAUGGCAGACGUGGCCGACUUCUGCUCGAGGCAGUGCGCUGCAGAUAGGGCGGCGUACGCAGAAGCGCAGGGCGCCGCGCCUCGCGGGACGAGCGGCGCGACGACCGCCCGCGGAGCAGGCGGUGCGGCAAACAUGCAGCCGCCAACUCGCGAAGCAGCGCCAAGCGCGCCCACCGACACUCGACCGAUCACCGCCGAAAACGCCACGGGGCGGCCGGUCCUCGUCGCAAGCGCCCUCUGGCCGCAGUACGCAUGCAAGGAGUUCGGUGGAGCCGGCUGGGCGGCGACCGUGUUGCGAUGCUCCAAGCACACCGCAAUCGUCCGGUUCACGAUUGCCGCGACGCGCGAUGGCCGACCAUACGAAGACGCGCGCGUCCCGCUCAAUCAACUGCGGCCGCUGCCUCCGCGACAACUGACCGCAUAA